AUGGAGAACAACCCGACGAAAGUGGACCUGUUCUAUGAGAGAUGGGAGCCAUUCCAUCUCCAGAUCGUCUCGAUCGCACUCAAGUAUGCCAGCGAGCAAGUGCAAGCCACCACCUUUGACGAAUCCUUCCAGCCGCUCUGUUCGCCCAGCCUGCCCCCUACAUCCCCACCCACGACAACCACCACACCAACGCUCCCGGCUGUCAGUUUCCCAUCUGAAAAGACUAUCUCCACACCGGAACUUGCUUCACUCGAAGAACUCUCUUCGGUUGAUCGUAAACCGCCUAGCUCGUUAAUGAUCGAGAAGAAAGCAGAAGGACCAGUGCCUGUCGACUAUUCCCGGGUUGCAAGAUCAGAGGAAGAGAAGGAGGAGCAGGAAGAGAUCGCGGCCGAGAAGGCAGAAGAACAGGAUGAACGGACCCACCAAGAAUGGCUUUCAGCGAGGAAGAAAGGGUGCGAGGAAUGGCUGAAGUUUGUGCUAGAAUCGAUGAAAGUAGAUCCGGCCUGUCUGCCGGAGAGGCCGCAAGAAUCGGAUCUGAAAGAGCUCUCGAAGGAGAUGCCAUCAUCGAUGCACGUCGAGGUCAUCCACGACCUGGUCAUUCUUUCCCUCUCGGCCUCCCAUGACAGCACCCGGGCGGAUGGCACCAGCGCAACCGAGAACCUGAGCUACUCUGCCCUCGACCGACAACUGAUCUUCCAAGUAGCCCAAGGACUAGGGAUCGAGCCCACGAUCGUCUAUGGUGCCGAGAAGCUGGUCGCCCAGGAGCUGUUCUUCAUCCUCCAACACACCGAGCAGGUCUCGAAAGAGGGUGUUAUGGACGGGGAGGACGACGGCGAGGCCUCGACGACGCCCGAAAGCAAGCUUACAAAGACCUCCAAAGCGGCGAUCCGCGCCGCCGCGGGCAAGAAGAAAUGGCUCCGCUACCUCGGCGCCGGCGCGGGAGUGAUUGUCGGCGGCGUCGCGAUCGGACUCACCGGCGGCCUCGCCGCACCCGUCCUGGCGCCCUUCCUCGUCGGUCUUUCCGGCGGCGCGCUCGGCUUUCUGGCUACCAGUGGGGGCGCGAUCCUCAUUGGGACCCUGUUCGGUCUGGCCGGCGGCGGCUUGGUAGGAUACAGGGCUCAGAGAAGACUCAAAGGGAUCGACGAAUUCACCUUCGAACGUCUCCCCGAUCAGGACGGAGAAUUGGAUGGAGACCUUCCACGAAUCCCGAGCUUACAUGCGACGAUAGUGACGACGGGUUUUAUACUGACUGCGACGGAAUACAAGGAUACAUGGAUGCCGACGUUAAGCAAGACGAUAGACCGGCGGGACGUGUAUGCGUUGAAAGUAGAGACCGGGGCAUUACUCUCGGCGGGCAAGGACUUGGAAACCUAUAUCCGGGACACAUUGCUCCAACACGGCGCGACAGAGAUCAUCAGACACACCAUCCUCGCCUCCGUCUGUGCCGCCCUGCUCCUCCCCGCCUCCAUCUAUAAGGCCGCCGUCAUGGCUCUCGAUAACGAGUACCAACGCACGCGCGAUAUUUGCGAAAAGGCCGGCAUUCUACUCGCCGACAUGAUCGAGCAAAGAGCUCAUGGCGCACGUCCGCUAACAUUGAUAGGCUCAGGGAUGGGCUCGAUCACGGUAUUCCGAGCGAUCCUAGAACUAUCAAAACGAGGAGGAGGAGCGGGAGGGAAAGAGUUCCAGAUCGACCAAGUGAUACUGAUCUGUUCGCCGUUAUCGCCGUUACCGUUAGAAUGGAAGACGUUGCGUCGGAUGACGAGUCGACGGGUGGUGAAUGUGUACAGCAAGAACGACUGGGUCCUUGCCAUCCUCGCUCGCCUCGACUCCCUCCUCAGCGCCCGCAAAGUCGCCCAUGUCGCCGGGCUCAGAGACCUUAAUCUCCCUCACAUUCACUCCCUCGACGUCUCUGAUCUCGUCCAUGGCCAUCUCGAACUCAACUCUAAAAUCCCUCUCAUUCUUGAUCGCAUCGAUAUCAAUCGCUGA